CGCACCUCCUCCCGCUGACCGCAUGCGCAAAAGACGCGACGAGCAGCCCGUUUGUGGUGCUCUAUGCUAUUGACCACUUCCGAAUAGAACUGCAAGUGUUUCCGGGUUAGCAUCUUUCUGACUAAUUCUGGGUGAUCCGAGGCGUCUCCUGUGGCCCCGGAAGCGGCUGUUUCGGCCCUUGACGACCUACCCGGCACGAACUGGGACUCGGCUCCGAACGAAAGGAGUGAGUGCGGCGCCCACUAGGCCCGCACACGUGUAGCUCAUCAUGGAACAGAGAAGAUAGUAGGAGAAGGUGGAAGGAUUCCCAAACAGGAUGGCCUUCUUGGAUAACCCAACCAUUAUCCUGGCUCACAUCCGACAGUCGCAUGUGACCAGCGAUGACACGGGGAUGUGUGAAAUGGUCCUGAUUGACCACGAUGUCGACUUGGAGAAGUUCCAGCCCUCUUCGGCCAACGGGGACAGUGGCUCAGAAACGCAGGGCAGCAAUGGCGAGUCUCAGGGUUACAUAUACUCCCAAUCAGUCGACAUUACCUCAAGCUGGGACUUUGGCAUCAGAAGGCGGUCAAACACAGCUCAGAGACUAGAACGGCUACGGAAAGAGAGACAGAAUCAGAUAAAAUGCAAGAACGUGCAGUGGAAAGAGAAAAACACAUCCUAUUCAGUGGAGGAGCUGAGCUUGCUUUUUGAGAAGAAGAACUUUAGAUUAAAGCCUCCACAUGCUGUGAAGCAGUCGAUCCUUUCAGUCCGGCUGGAGCAGUGCCCCCUGCAACUGAAUAACCCGUUCAAUGAAUAUUCAAAAUUUGAUGGCAAGGGCCAUGUUGGAACAACCGCCACCAAAAAAAUUGACGUCUACCUCCCGCUGCACGCCAACCAGGACAAGCUGCAGCCCAUGACUGUGGUGACGAUUGCCAACGCCAAGGUGCAUGACUUGAUCGGGCUUAUCUGCUGGCAGUACACGAGCGAAGGACGGGAACCCAAACUGAAUGACAAUGUCAAUGCAUACUGUCUCCACAUUGCUGAGGAUGAUGGUGAAGUGGACACAGAUUUUCCACCCUUGGAUUGCAAUGAACCUAUUCACAAGUUUGGCUUCAGCACACUGGCAUUGGUCGAGAAAUACUCAUCACCUGGCUUGGCUGCCAAACAGUCGCUCUUUGUCCGAAUAAAUGCUGCGCAUGGAUUCUCUCUUAUCCAGGUGGACAGCAUGAAGGUCACCAUGAAGGACAUCUUACAAAAGGCCUUGAAGCGGAGGAAGGGAUCCCAGCGAGGCUCAGGGCCUCAGUACCGGCUGGAGAAGCAGAAUGAGCCAAAUGUCCCUGUUGACUUGGACUGCACCUUGGAAAGCCAGAGCACUUUGGAAUUCUGCCUCGUCCGUGAGAAUAGUUCGAGAGGAGAGGAGAUCUCAGAAGAGGAUCCGCAGAUUGAUAUCGCUACUGUUCAAGACAUGCUAAGCAGCCACCAUUACAAGUCUUUCAAAGUCAGCAUGAUCCAUAGGCUGCGGUUCACCACAGAUGUUCAGUUAGGUAUCUCAGGAGACAAAGUGGAGGUGGAUCCUGUGACAAACCAGAAAACCAGUACCAAAUUCUGGAUUAAGCAGAAGCCAAUUUCCAUCGACUCAGAGCUUCUUUGUACCUGUGACCUGGCAGAAGAAAAGAGCCCAAGCCAUGCAAUAUUUAAAAUCACAUAUCUAAGCAAUCAUGACUACAAACAUCUCUACUUUGAGUCUGAUGCUGCUACUGUCAAUGAGAUUGUGUUGAAGGUGAACUACAUCCUGGAGUCCCGUGCCAGCACCGCUCGAGCAGACUACUUGGCUCAGAAGCAAAGGAAGCUAAGUAGAAGGACCAGCUUUAGCUUCCAGAAAGAGAAGAAGUCAGGACAGUAGCGAGGUCUAGGCUGGGCUAGAACAAAACUGGAGAAACAAAACAAGAAAAAAAGCAAAGCAAGGAAUCUUCCUGCUCUGUUCAAAGCAGGCAGUGCCCUGAACAGCCUGGGAGAGCGGAAGCGCAGACUCAUGAGCUCUGGCAGCAGCCAGCUGGGGCAGGAAUUGUGCUUUUACAGGUUGGCAGGACAAGCCUGCUUUUAGGCGACAGGCGUCACUCAUCGAUGGAAACUAAGAGCCAUAUCAACCCAAGAACAGAUAGCCAGGCUUUCAAAGCCUCUGGCUGGGGCGAUGAAGAGGCCCCUGUAGGCUUGGUGUGUUGUCUUCUUUUCUUUUCUUUUUUCAUAGAACUUUCUACUGUACAAUCGCAAGGAAAGCCGUCGUGGGUCGGCAGAGUGAUCCGCAAACACACACACGCAGCCUCCAUCCGUAAUGCCCUGACACACAAAACACCCCAUGACGUAUCGCUUGUGACAUGAUCAAAUUUCUUAAAAACGAAACAAACUUGUAGGACAAAUGUAUCCAUUUUUACUACUAAUAAACAAAUGUACUCUUUCUGAA